AUGCCUGAACAAGCAUCCAGUAGUGAAUCAACGAAAUCGGUCACACCACCACCGAUUGAUAAUACUAAUUCAAAAAAAACUGUAUUGUUACCAGCGGCUCCUUCACAUUCUCCACUGAAAAUUACGCGAAUGAUGAUCGGAGAUACAUUAACACAAUUCAAAAUGGCUCCCGAAUAUUUUGUACCCGAUGAUCAAGAAUCGGUAUCGAAAGACAUUAUCUAUCCAGACGGCAAUGUUGAUGAACAAUCAUACAUUACCGUGGCACGUUAUCGAACAAUGAUGGGCGAACCAACCGAUUUUAAAAAUAAACCACUUCAAUUAGGUGCUAAUUCAGUAGAAACGCUCAUAUUAACACUUAACAAAUUUUCUCAACAUUUUGAUGGUGAAUUAAAUUUUUCCAAAAACGAUAUACCAUUUCAAUAUAGUUCACAACGUGCUGUUUGUGGUAUGGCCGAUUUUGGUAGUAUCCUAAUACUUCUUGCUGAUAUCAUACCGACGGCUAAAUUCGAAUUUCAAAUGAAAAAUUUUGAUUAUGAUGAAUUGGCACAAUCGCGUGAUGCGAUGGAAAAAUUUGCACUAGAUUUUUGUGCAGCAAUAUGCGGAAUACUGCAAUAGAGUCGUGGUAAUGAACCGUACUAUUUACCAUUCGGUUGGUAUCGUCAUGGACUCAAGGUGGAUAAUAAAUAUGCAGGUGAUAUUGCUUGGCUUGGUCGUGUCAAUGCUGAAGGUGAGUGGCCGGUUGCUUUUCACGGUACAAAUAAAAACGCAGUUCUGGGGAUUACGCAAGAAGGUCUACUAGCCAGCAAAUCUGCACGAGAUAUAAUGAAAGAUGAAGCCAUCAAACAAAUGGGUGAAGAGGCAGAUCGUCCAGGAAUCUAUCUAGCAACACAUUGCAAUGAUGGAGCCGAUAGAUAUGCUGAUUCAUUUACAUUUCCAAUACGAACUGAAGAGAGUGCAACAUUUCAGGUCGUUUUUCAGUGUCGUGUGCAACCCCGCAAGUUCACAAGACAUACAGGAGUGGUCACUACCGGUGAAGCUUGGCGUUUUGUUGAUGAAAGCGCGAUUCGGCCUUAUGGCAUUUUACUGAAGGAAAUUGUCUAA